AUGUCUCUGUAUGACUACGGGGAUCUCAAUGGUCUCAUCAAAGCCCAUUUCAUCAAACAAAAGGCCAUACCGGAACCGUUCAUCUGGCAUACUCUUAUUUGUUUGAUGAAGGCGGCCGUCCAGUUGGAAGAACAAGCCCGAUCGCGUCCCAACAAUACCGACACAGACGUGAUUGUAGUGUUCGACAUGAAGCCAGGAAACAUACUCCUCGCCGCACCCGAGCGGACAUCAAUGUUUCCCAUCUACCCUCGUCCCCAUAUUGCUGAUGUCGGAGGUGGAGUUCUCACCAACAAAGACGAUUUUGGUAACAGAGUCCAUGGUCAACGGAUUGUAUAUACCCGUGGUUACAAAGCUCCGGAGAUGUGGAGGCCACACCAGGGACUUUCGGCUGAUGCGACAAUUCUUGAAUCAUCUACUGCUCCAAUACGUGGUACUUGGACGAAUGUGUGGCAGAUUGGGCGUGUGAUCGAGCAAAUGAUGAAGUUGAUUCCGAAAUUUGCCGAUAUAGUUUAUCAACCUGGGCAGGAUGAAGAAGCCAUGACACCAGGGAUAACCGAUUGGCCCUUUGAGCUCCCUGGACAGAACUACUCGAUGAUCCUGAGAAAACUGGUUGCCCAGUGCUUGAGUUUCCACCCAGAAGAACGGCCAUCACCUCAGAUCAUCUUGAGCCACAUCGAUAAGCCUGGCUUCGUGCUUUUCAACGGCAUGGACAGCUUCGGCAAUGAUGCGUGGUUCCAGCAACAACAGCUGGAACGCACUGCAGCAGGACCAAAGAAAGCACCCAAACCUACAACUCUAUUCGAGGGUGCCGCCUUGCGAGAUACAGAGGUCGAAAACCAGAGACGACUUUACCAAGCCAGAGCUUAUCUGCGCGCUUGGGGGCCAAUAAUAGCUGCCGAGUUUGGUUUGCUGGGACCAUGA